AUGUUGGCUACUAAUGAUGUCAUUAAAUCUCAGUAUGAUACAUUACUAGAUAAACAAUCAAUUAAUUCAUGGCUUCCAUUGCCACAUCCAUGUGUAUUCACAUCGAAUUGGUCAUCUCUUCAUUUUGAUUUAAUUAAAAAUUAUCCAUUAUCUUGUUUACAUUCAAAACAUACAUCUGAAUCAAAUUCUACAUUAACACUAAAAGAAUCCUGUUUAAAUGUUCAUAAACUAGGAUCCAUGUCAAAUGAAUCAACCUUAAACAAUGAUCAUUAUAUAGAAGUGAACGAAGAUUGUGAAACAGAUUCAAAUAUGAUUCAGAAUGAAAACAGUUCAGUGAGUUACUUUUAUGAUAUUAGUAAUAUAACCUCAUCAACUGAUGAGAAUGAACACCUUAAUAAAGAAUAUGAAACUCUGCCAGAAGUAAAGAAACCAAUAUUAUCAACUCAUAAAGGUAUAACUAAUAAUUAUAUAACAAUCAAAAAAUUUACAAUCCGUGAAACAACAAAUUUAUUAAAAACAUGGUUAAAUAAUCAUCGUCAUAAUCCAUAUCCAACAAAAAAUGAAAAAAUUAAAUUAUCUAUUAUAACUAAUUUAAGUUUAACACAAAUUUCAACAUGGUUUGCUAAUGCUAGAAGAAGAUUAAAAAAAGAUAAUCAAAUGACAUGGAUACCAAAAAUACGUCAUCAUAGGAUAGUAACUAAUUCAAUCAAUUUAAAUAAUAAUCAUAAUAAGAUGCAAAUUUGUCAAAAACAGGGUGGUGGUGAUAAUAAUAAUAAUAAUAAUAAUAAUAAUGAUAAUGAGGUUAAUAUGGAUCAAUUAUCACAAACGAAAUGUCAAUUAAAAUCAACAAUAAUAAGAGAUUGUUUAAUUAAUCCAUUCAAUACUAAUCAUCAUCAUCAUUACAACUAUCACCACCACCACCAUCAUCAUCAUCAUUCUCCUCAUUUGACAUCAUUCAAAAAUCAAUUAAUUUUGAAAUAUUUUCUAAAUAAAACUACCCAGCAACAAGAAGAAGAAGACGGAGAAGAGCAACAAGAACAAGAACAAGAACAAGAACCACCAUCACCACAACAAGAAUGUCUACAAUUCAAAGAGAAAUUAAAUAAUAAUAAUAAUAAUAAUAAUAAUGAUCAGAUCAAUUUAUCUAAUGAGAAUUCUAUCAUCAAUAAUGAUCAUAAUAACAAUGAUUAUCAUUUAUGGUAUAAUGAUUAUCAUACUAAAUUAAUCCAUAUAAUAAAUCAAUUAAAUUGUGAAAAUAUUGAUCAAUAUCCAUUAUUAUAUGGAUCAUUAUCGAAAUUAACUACAAAUAAUAAUACUACUACUACUAAUAAUAAUAAUAAUAGUAUCAUAAAAGAUGAUCAGCCAUCACAAUUAUGUAAUCCUUCAUCAAAAAUAUGAUUUCAUCAUAUCCAACGGCUAAAAAUAAACGAAACUCUUACCAUCUAUGAGAUCAAGCCAGAACAAUGCCUAUAAAAGAAGUAUGUCCUAUCAUUAUCAUUAACUUGACCUUAAUUAUUAUUAUUAUUGCAUUUCCCCCAUUGACUUAGACAACAUAUUCUCAUGAUUUUAUUCAUCAUUAUUCAUGAUAUUACUUUAUUGAAUUUUAUACACCACUAUGACCUUUAAUGACCUUGAAUGGCCUUCAAUGACCUUGAAUGAUUAUAACAAAAACAUUUAAACCAUUUCACUACAUUUAUGUUCUCAUUCGUUACUAACUUAUUAAUUCUAUAGGUUAUCAUUCGUAUUACAUAAUCUAAUAUUAUAAUCUUUCUAUUACAUCAUCUUGAUUAUUUCUUGUUUAUAUUUCCUCAUGGUAAAAGUACUUUCACCAAAUAUGUUCACAUAUAUAUUGAUACGAUUGUACAGCUUGAUACUAAAUUCAUUGAAUACAGAUCCCUU